UCCCUGUGGCUCUCUGCGCUGGGCUUGUGGCUGGUGUGUGUCUCCUCUGUCCUCUCUGCCAAAUGCCCCAAACAGUGUGUGUGUGAUCAGAUCCAACUCACUGUGGCCUGUGUUAACAAAAAUCUCACUGAAGUACCACCAACCAUCGAUGAGAUCACAGUGAAGUUGGACCUCCGCAGUAACGACAUCCAGGAGCUGCCCACUGGAGCUUUCAGACACUCCCCAUACCUGACCCACCUGUCCCUGCAGCGCUGCAACAUCCGCAGGGUCCGGGAGGGUGCGUUCCGGGGCCUGGGACGCCUGGUCCUUCUCAACCUGGCAAAUAACAACAUUGAAAUCCUCUAUCAGGAGUCUUUGGAUGGGCUGUCCUCCCUGAAGCAGCUGAUGUUGGAUCGGAAUCGCCUAGAGGAGAUCCAGCCCGGGGCCUUCUCUCAGCUGGGCUUCCUCAAUCUGCUCUCCCUCACACACAACCAGCUGGUCUACAUGCCAAACAUGGUCUUUCAGGGUCUACAGAACAUCAAGCUGCUGCGUCUGAGCCACAACUCUCUGAACUACCUGGACACAGAGGCGUUUGCUGGGCUCGUCACCCUCACACGACUUACUCUGGAUAACAACGAGCUACAGUUCUUCCCCAGCGAGACCAUGACCCGACUUCCAGAAGUGACCCGCCUGGAGAUGAGCCACAAUCCUAUGACAUACUUGGGGGAGGAGGCCAUCGCCAUGCCCAAGCUCACCCACCUCUUCUUGGACCACAUGUCUCUGCAGGACAUGUCCAACAGCGCCGUGUCUAAGUGUCCCAGCCUCGUGCACCUGGACCUCAGCCACAACCAGCUGCGCGUCAUUCAACCCUUCUCUCCUGGGACACCCAGCCUGGCCCGAGUCAACCUGGCAGGGAACCCCGUCUACUGCAACUGCUACCUGCGACCACUACGGGAGUGGGCCAUCAGUAGUAAGGUGAAGCUGCUUGGCACAUGUGGGGGCCCGGCUCAUCUAUCCGGGGAGACCAUAGAGGGGGUCUACCCCUCAGAGCUGCGCUGUCAGAGCCACGAGGCCAUGCUGAGGGCAGAGUACGAGGAGGCCACCAGGAACACCCCCCCUCCCACCGCAGAACCGGAGAACAAGUUUAAGUGUCCGGCUAACUGUGUUUGUCAGGCAGAGAUGCACCACUCUUCAUGUGAAAACCGCGGACUCACCAAAAUCCCCAAAGGUUUCGACCCCACCACACGACUCCUGGACCUCAGGGGGAACCACUUCCACUACCUCCCCAGUGGCAGCUUCCCCGGGGUGGGCCAGGUGGUCUCUCUGCAUCUGCAGCGUUGCAAAAUUGUGGACAUCGAGGAGGAGGCAUUCAGCGGCAUGAAGGGGCUUGUCUACCUGUAUCUGUCAGAGAAUGACCUCGCGUCGAUCAGUCCGGGGGCUUUCAAAGGCUUGCCACAGCUGACCUACCUUUACCUAGAGAAGAACAAGUUCACCGUCUUCCCUAAAGCAGCCUUCAGAUUGGUACCCAGUUUGUUGGCGCUUCACCUGGAGAACAACUCUAUCAGCAGACUGGAGCCGGGCCUCCUCACUGGGGUGGAGAACCUCAGAUCUCUGUACCUGACUGGGAACAGCAUCAAGCACAUGGCCCCACGAGCUCUGGAGCAAGCGACCAACCUGGACACUCUUCACCUGGGGGGGAACAAGCUGAAGGAUGUGCCCACAGAAGCCCUGAGAGGACUAGGGAGCCUCAGGGACCUCCGGCUUACUGGAAAUCCUAUUCUGUGGGUGGGGCCCAACGCCUUCAAGCCUGUAGAGAGGUCACUGAAGGAGCUGUACCUGAAUAAGAUGGGGCUUGAAAGGAUGUCCCCAGACUCUCUGGCAGGACUCGGUCCAGGCCUGAGGAGUUUCUUUCUGGAAGGGAACCUUCUAGAGGAGGUGCCUGACCUUCGGUCCUUCAGGUCUCUGGAGGUCAUCAACCUGGCUGACAACCCUCUUAUGUGUGACUGCCCCCUGCUGCCUCUGCGCAUCUGGAUUGAAAAGGUCAACCUGAAAGUACGUGCCACCUGUGCCAAUCCCCCAGAGGUCAAAGGUCGCAGGGUCAAAGAUGUCCACACAUUCAGAGCCUGUCCUGGUGGAGAGAGUCUUCCCUCUCGUCCGACAACCACCCUGCAGCUGUCCAGGACGCCCAAAGCUACAAAACCAAAGCCACCGCACCUCAACCGAAAGAGACAGGUGAAAAUGGUCAAAGCCAAGCCCAAGACAAACCACAAGAAUCAGAACUCGAAAAGCACCAAGAGACGCUGAAUGGCCUAAGUUACUAUUUGCAUUUUUAUUAUGGACUUUUUAUAAGUAUGCGUACUUUUAUACCAUUAUCAAGUACAGAUUUUCACCAUCUUGUGCAAAACAGUUUAAUGGAUAACCGAUAUGCUAGAUAUU